AUGCAAUCUCUAAUACUACAAAGGAGAACAGGCGUUAUUUCGCCUCUUGAGUUUUCACGAACAUUGGCCGAUAAAAACUAUCAAUCCCAAUUGUUUCAAACGGCAAAAUACAAUGUUUUCCCCAUGAAUGCGCACCAUAAUGCACUGGUGAAUGCCCUAUCGAUGGAUUCAGAUGAAAAUAGGUUUCUCCUUAGCGGAUGCGGUGAUUCGAGUAUAAAAAUAUGGGACACGAACGAGCAAGAGAAGAUUAGAGAAGAGAAUGAAAUCGAUUUGAGCAAAAUGAAUCAUCCGGCAAAGUAUGAUUUGUUUGACUAUGAUAACCCCGUUUCUGUCUUUAAGAACAUGGCAACAGUGCCACGGAAAACCGAGCAUCAAUUUGGAGUUUCGGCGAUUCAAUGGUGGCCCUACGAUACCGGUAUGUUUGUCUCAUCUUCCUUUGACCACACCAUAAAGGUUUGGGAUACAAAUGAGCUUUGUUCAGUUCAUACUUUCAACCUCAACAACAGAGUUUACUCAGUCGACCUUAAUGGACCGAAAUCACUAGUUGCUGCAGCGAGUGACCAGCCAUUUAUUAGAAUCUUGGAUGUGAGGUCUACUUCGAGUGCACAUACUCUCAAGGGACACAAGGGCAAAACACUCUCAGUCAAGUGGCACCCAUUAAACGAGCAUCUCUUGGCUUCUGGUGGGUACGACGGUCAGGCCAAGAUUUGGGAUAUUCGACGGAGCGAAAACCUAUUGUGCCUGUUAGACAUGCAUCAUACAAACAAACAGGCAAAUACAACCUUUGGUUUAAAAAAAACCACAUCGACAUCAAUAUCUGCACCUGCUUCUGCAAAAGCGCAUCUGGGACCUGUUAAUGGGCUUUCUUGGGAUGAGCUGGGUACAACAUUAUACACGGCUGGUAACGAUGACAAGAUCCGAGUUUGGGAUAUGGUAGGGUCCUCUUAUCCACCAGUGAACAAACUUAUCAACUUUGGACCUUUGACUCGCAACAAGUAUACGCAAACAAUACCCAUACUAUUGAACCCAAUGGGCGAAACCAAUUUGCAAUACCUUCUAUUUCCAUCAGAGAGUGGAGAAAUCUUAGUCCAUAGGACAAUCGAUGGUAAGUUGGUCAAUAGGUUGGGCAGAAAAGGGUCCAAAAAUAUAGGCAGAACUUGCUCGAUGUGCAAUGGAGGUCCAAACACUGGUAGCUAUAUUUGUGGCACUGUUGAUGGCGAGUUGAUCUGCUGGCAGGUCUUUUCCGACUACAUCGAUCUCUCAGAAAUUUUUGAGGAAAGAAAGGAAGAGGAAGAAGAUGUAGAAAGAUUAUUACUAAAAAAGCACACUUUAGCACUUAAAGCCAAAAAUUUGAUGAAGUCAUUGGAGGUUUGA